GUAUACGUUCUCUCCUUCUUCCACCUGUCGUCUCAUUCACUCCGUUCCUCGUCGGCGCGCUCGGUACUUAAUCGGGAACGAACAGCUGUUGCUCGUACGAGGAUGACAGUAUACGAUCGACCGUCGUAGCGUGUGCAUCGCCUCGCGUCAAGAGGGCACGAACGUACGUACGCAGCACAUUGUGGAAGAGAUAGACGACGGUGGCAACGUUACGCGCGGCGUCGAGAGGGUUUUCGGGAAGGAGGAGAGAGCACGCGUGUACUACAUUCCGUCGAACGGGCACGCGACAGGCCGCCCGCGGUUUUUUCGCGGCUAACGCAAAAGCAUCGUUUACGCCGCUGCGCGUUCCACGCGCGAAGGACGCGAACGAUUGUCGAGGGAGAGAAAAGAAGAGCGGGAAGGAAGGAGCGACAGCAACGUACGACGUAGAGGACGACCCGGAGGGUGUCAUCGGCGUGCCAUAUCAUCGGAACGACAAGAGGCAACAUGAAUCUGUCGUUCGCCGGCUGCGGCUUCCUCGGCAUCUACCACGUCGGCGUGGCGGUCUGCUUCAAAAAGUACGCGCCGCACUUGCUGCUGAACAAGAUAAGCGGCGCGUCCGCGGGCGCUAUCGCCGCGUGCUGCUUGCUCUGCGAUCUGCCCCUGGGCGAAAUGACGAGCAAUGUAUUACGCGUGGCACGUGAAGCGCGACAACGUACCCUCGGACCGUUCAGUCCGUCCUUCAAUGUGCAAGAGAUCUUGCUGAGCAGCUUGCGAAAGUUUUUGCCCGACGACGCACAUAUUCGGGUCAACGGAAAAUUACACAUCUCCCUAACGAGAGUAUAUGAUGGCAAGAACGUGAUCGUCUCUCAAUUCAAUUCAAAAGAGGAUUUGCUGCAGGCUCUGCUAGCCACUUCGUUCGUACCGCUAUUUUCUGGUUUGCUACCACCACGUUUCCACGGUAUCAGAUACAUGGACGGCGGUUUUAGCGACAAUCUUCCUACGCUCGACGAAAACACUAUUACGGUUAGUCCGUUCUGCGGAGAGAGCGAUAUCUGCCCGAGGGACAUCUCGUCUCAACUUUUUCACGUCAAUGUCGCCAAUACAAGCAUAGAGCUCUCCAGACAAAAUAUAUACAGGUUCACGAAGAUACUCUUUCCGCCCAAAACGGAGAUCCUCUCGAGUAUGUGUAAGCAAGGCUUCGACGAUGCAUUGCGAUUUCUACAUCGUAAUAAUCUACUUAACUGCACGAGGUGUCUCGCGGUUCAGUCGACGUACAUAGUCCAGGAAACGAUUGACGAUAGCAUGGAAUAUGAUCCGGAAUGUUUGGAGUGUAAAAUGCACAGACAGGAAGCAUUGGUAGCUAAUAUGCCCGAGACUGUGAUGACAAUAUUUCAGGAUGCUAUAGACUCUGCCAACAAGGGGCUUGUUAAUUGGCUGUUUAAGCAUCGUAGCAUGAAGCUGCUUUCGUUGUUGAGUUUACCUUGCACGCUACCGGCAGAUGUAAUGUACGCUACAGUCACAAAUCUGAUUGGUAACAAGAUAGAAACUCGUACCUUGGAAUACAAAAUAGUCGGAAAUGUUCUGCGUACCCCGCAACAGCCACUUACUUGCAAUAAGCGUUUAACACACUCCCGAUUCAUUACGAGCGUUCCGAAACUACGACAUAACUUAGUGGAAUUAAGUAAAUUUGUCUUAGAGCAGUUGAGUAUAAUGUUCCCGAAAAUCAAUGUCUAUGCCGAGCCGAUACCUCAAACGAUCAAGUGUUAUUUCAAUAUUACGGAAUAUGAUUCGAACACAUAUAAUGUGCAAACUAUAGACGAAACAGAUGCUAUAUACAAAAAGCAAAAGAAUUUGAACUUAACUCUUCAAUACAACGAAUGCGGUCAAUGGAAAGAUUCAAGAAAAUCCAAUUGUGUAAUAAACAUGGGCGACUUUGCAUCAGUGGAUGAUACUUUCGAAAAUAUUCUCCAAGCAACUUCGGAUCAAGAGGCCGUAAUGGCGUAUUAUUACAUGGAUGAUAACAAUAAAGUGCAAGUGACAGAGAUCUUCGAUGUAACGGAAUCGGAAUCGCAUACCGUGCUUUCCAUGGAUGAAGUUGACACCAAUAAAAAACUCCAAUUCGAUGAUUGGGACGAACCUUCAUGGUUAUCUCAGCACACGUUCAAUGAUGCGGCUACAGAGUCUCUCUAUACCGAUGGAAAUCAGCAAAGCGAAAAUUUGUCGGAUGUAUCGUUCGAAGACGAGAUACUGGAUAGCGCAAAUAUAUUCUCCGAUCCGGAAAGUGAGUGGGAGGUGGAGAAGGACCCAGAACAAGUGGAGGUGUCUAAAUCUCCGGACAGUCGGCCGGAAGUAGAUCAACCAUCCACAAGCUUGCUAUGAGUUAGUAGCUUAUGUUAUCGUUACCAUAUAUAGUUUGAAAAUGUAAUUUUUUUUUUAAAUAUGUUGCAAGAAAAUAUGUUAUUUAAUUUACUAUGAAUAAUUUACAGAGUGAGACAUUUAAAUUACUACUUUUAUUUAUUCUUUUUCCGAUAUUCAAGUAUAUAAUUUUUAUACUUUGUUACGUAAAAGUUUAACACUAUAACUAUAUUUUUAUUAUGUCAUUAUUUUAAUUUUAAAAUAAUUUUUUUGGAAGUAAUGAAUCUGCAUAUGCCAUAAAUCCAUACAUACAGCACUAUAACACGUGUGCUUUUUUAUUUCAUUACAUGUAUGGCAUUCCGAGUUAAAUGUCCCACUCUAUGUAAACAUGUACUUUUCAUUCUGUUUGUUCUUGCAAGAUAUAAUUAAGACGAAGCGUUUAUACACAAGCACAAUUAUUGAACACGUGCCAAUAAUGCCAAAUGCAUUUAAGCGUCUCUAAUACGACGUGUAACAGUAUUUUGUUCGUAAUCCAAGUCUUCUAACUCAGAUUUGAAAAUUUAAUAUUUAGUAACGAGCGCUCGAGUGAAUUGAUACAUGUCACACAAAGAGACUGAUAUAUAUCGGUGAUGAAAAAGCAAAAUGGUCCCAAAAACCAAUGAUAUUUUUAAAUGUAGAAAGAAACUACAGAAUCAAUUUUUCUUCAGCAAAAUUAUCGAGACGAGUGUAAUUCGAACAAUGAACGAUUGAAAAUAAAGAGCUGACGCGUGGACUGGACUUCAGAAGAGAAAAUAAAUGACAUAUUAUUUCAUUUGAAAUUGAUAUAUGAUGCUAAAAAUUAAACGAUUAUUUUUUUUACUAUAAAAUGGUGGUGAAUUCUAUCGAUUGAAUAAAAAAAAUUAUCUUACAAAUUAUUCAUGAUUGUUUCUAAUUAUCGAUUUGUAGUUAAAAGAAUAUCUGACGACACGUUCUGCUUAUAUGAUAUAAAAAAUUACAGCGAACUUUUAGAAUAUAUUGAACGGACAAAUAUUUGACAAACUUGAGUUUGGAAAUCAUGUGUUUCCGAGCUAUAAGAUGUUUCCUCUUGGUAAAUUUUCACUUUUCAACUUUAAAUUCCAUAUGUCCAUUGUUAAUUUUAAUAUUUGUUUGGACACGUUUCUUCAGGAAAUGUAUAAGUUCGAACAUGAUUUUAGACUUACGUUUAUUAAAUAUUAUUUUUAUUUUCUUUGAUAAUUACUAUUUUUAACUUUAACAGUAAUUUUUUAUACUCAAUAUAAUCUGACGUGCAAUUAUUUUUUUUCUGCUGCUGUAAGGUCUAUAUUUAUCACACAAUUUCCUAAAGUCUACGAUUGUCUGAGAUAUAAUGUGUUAACAGUGAUGACAUUUCAAUUCAAAAAAUUUCGAUGAAUAUAAAUUAUAUAAAGUGUAAAUUAUCUUUAUUAUAAUUACUUAUCGCUCGUUAUAUAUAUAAUAUACAUAUAUUGAAUAGAUUCUGAUUCUUUUGUCUCCUACAUUUCUCUUCUAUAUACGUAGUAAAUAUCUGCAAACGUUUCUAAAAAAUUUCGAUGAAAGUAACUCAAUCUGUACGAUGGCAACUACCUCUAUUAUAAUUUUGCCAUCGUUCAAGAAGUUAUUGAAAUAUAACGAAUCUGGAGGUUGUGAAAAUAGGAUAUAUAGUUUAAGAAUAUCUUAACAUUUAAGAUUAUUUUAGAAUAAGUUUCUGUAUUGUUUGUCACACCAUCUUCCUGCUAGCGUUAAUUAUCGAUGGAUAAUUAUUAUUUCAUAAGGCAAUUUCUACAAUUUCAAGUUAGUAUAAUCUCGAAGCUACAGGUUAUUUAUAAUAAAUUCUGUUAUAAUAGAUUAUAACAGAAAUCUUUGUGAUCAUAUACGGCUGGGUCUGAGUGUUGAAGAUUAUACAGAUUUUUAUAUUGCGUUACAAAACAUAAUUUAGUUAACUACUGAUCAUGACCAGUUUAGCUUAGGAAACAUUUUAUUACUAUUGUUUUAUUAACAUGUUUUUAGUUAUAAUUGAAUUUAUGCUUACAAACUUUUUAGUACAUAGCCUACAUAUUCCACUUUAUACAAGACUGGGAAUGUAUAAUGUGUAAAAGAAAAUUUGCCUAUAAUUUGGGAUAAUUUUAUUUAGAAAAUGGGAAUACAAAAAAUAUAAAUAAUAAUUGCUGUGAAAUGUUCCUAUAUGAAAUUAUCUCAAAUGGAUAUGCAAAUUCUCUUUUUUACUCAUUGUAGGCUUCAACAAUGCAAUUUUUUAAUAUAUUUGUAUCGCGCAAUUUUGAUUAUCGAGUUAAAUAUUUUAUCUAAUUAUAAACAGCCUUCCUAUUUGUUAAUCUAUCAAUGAUCCAAUUAAAGUUAUUCUAUAAAAAAA